UUUUUACCACAAGGUUCUAUUAAUGGAGAUGAGCAGGUUCAAGAGUGGGGUUGUAGAAGCAGAUGAAAUACUGGAUAUAGAUGAGGAGAGACUGGAAGUGACCUCACCAGGUAGUCUGGUCAUCUCUGUAGAUUUAGAACCUGCAGAAGAACAGGACAAACUUGCAACAGAUCAUGAUGAGCUAACAGUAUCAGAAGAACGUCGGAUGCAAAAGAUGGAAUUGAUAGAGAAAUAUUAUGAUGCUGUGGCCAAAAGAAACAAACUGCAGUCACAGAAUUUCACAGUUCAGAACAAGCUCUUUGACUACUUCAGGAGAAAGAAAUCUGAUGAAGUUGUGGACCCUGACAAAAAUGUUAGUGAAUAUGAACAGAGAUACCUCAAGUUAAUGGCACAGAUGGAAGAUUUGAGAAAGUUGGAUUCCAUCAAAAGAGAUAACUACCAUGUUGUCAUUCAGGAGACAAAAGAAAGAUGUAUGGAGAAGAAGUCCAGGGCUGAUUCAGAAAGGAAACAUUUUAUUGAGUUGAAGCAAAAUGUUGCUCUCCGUGCUAUAAAUAGUCAAACUGGGCAACCACUGCCUGCUACAGAUAUUGAGCAGUAUGUUGAGAGCGAACUGAGGAAAGAGCAAGAAGUUGUCCAAAUGAGAUUAGAGAACAUCAGACUGAAAAAUAGCAUGAAAAAGAAUGAACAGCAAAUCAAAUUAAAGGAACAAGUUUCAGAAGGUCUUCAUCUGAUAGACUUUGAACAGCUCAAGAUUGAGAAUCAAACAUACAAUGAGAAAAUAGAGGAAAGAAAUGAGGAACUGUUGAAGUUCAGGAAGAAAAUCACAAGUACUGUUCAGAUUCUGACCCAUUUGAAAGAAAAGCUUCAGUUUGUGCAAGCAGAGAACCUGGUGAAAAGCAAUGACCUAAAGGUCAUAGAUGCCACUCUGGCUCAGAGCCGAGAUAUUUUAUCUAGGACAAAACAAGCCAGGGACUCGCUGAAAAUAGACAACAAUAAGCUACGCCAGAAAUGUGGUUUCCUUGGCAAUGAGUCACUUCUGAGAGAUUUUGAGGAGCAGAAGGAUGAAAACAUUGAGCUUCAAAGUAAACUGGAUCAGUUGAAGAGGAAACAUUCAGAACUGACCCUUCAUUGCAACCAUGUUCGGCAAAAAGUUGAGCAGGCACGUCAUUCACUGGCCUAA